AUGAUUUUAAACCUAAAAAAAGCAAAAUAAAUAUUUACUAUAUUUUCCCAAAAACAAAUCUAAAAUAUUUCCAAUCUCCAGCAACAAUAACCAACUAAGUCCUUUUACGAAUACCCUAUCCUCUAAGCUGAUUUAGAUAAAGACUCUGAAAUCUAUAAAUAAAACAUAUCCCAAAUAGAAAAAAUAAACCAAGAAUUUGACUUUACAAUUCAGAAAAUUCUCAAAGGAGGUCCAAAGACCGCCCACGAUAAAUUAAAAGAACGCAAAAAACUAUCUGCCCGUGAAAGAAUAUCUAAACUACUUGACCCAGGUAGUCCUUUUCUUGAGCUCUCCCAAUUAGCCGGUUUCGAAUUAUACGAAAAAGAAGAAGUUCCAUCUGGUGGAAUAAUAACCGGCAUAGGUUUAAUAUAGAAUAAAUUUUGUAUGAUAGUAGCAAACGAUCCAACCGUAAAAGGAGGUUCAUAUUAUCCAAUUACAGUAAAAAAGCAUAUCAGAGCUUAAGAAAUUGCAGAAUAGAAUUAUCUUCCAUGCGUUUAUUUAGUGGAUAGUGGAGGUGCUAAUUUGCCUAGAUAAGAUGACGUUUUUCCUGAUAAAAAUCAUUUUGGAAGAAUUUUCUUUAAUUAGGCUAAUAUGUCAGCUAAAGGAAUACCUUAAAUUUCCCUUGUUUUAGGUUCAUGUACUGCCGGAGGUGCAUAUGUACCUGCCAUGUCAGAUGAAAAUGUAAUAGUGAAAGGUAAUGGAACAGUAUUUUUAGGAGGACCUCCUUUAGUAAAAGCUGCUACAGGCGAAAUAGUCACUGCUGAAGACCUUGGUGGUGCCGAUGUGCAUUGCAAAAUUUCUGGUCUAACUGAUCAUUACGCAAAUGAUGAGGUCGAAGCCUUAUAAAUAGGUAGAUCAAUUUUAAAGAAUGUCAAAGUGCCUAAAAGUGCUUUUAAUUUUAAAAAUAUAUAAGAACCUAUAUAUGAUCCUUAUGAGUUGAAUGCAGUAAUAAGUCCAGAUUAGAAAAAAAGUGUAGAUUCAAGAAAUGUAAUUGCCAGGAUUUUAGACGGAUCAAGAUUUUUGGAAUUUAAGAAAGAAUACGGAAAUACUCUAGUGACUGGAUUUGGCAAAUUAUAUGGACAAGAAGUGGGUGUUAUAGCUAAUAAUGGUGUUCUUUUUUCAGAAAGUGCACUUAAAGGAGCACAUUUUAUUGAUUUAUGCAGUCAAAGGAAUAUUCCAUUGAUUUUUUUAUAAAAUAUUACAGGAUUUAUGGUAGGUAGUAAAUAUGAAAGUGAAGGUAUAGCAAAACAUGGAGCCAAAAUGGUAAAUGCAGUUUCCACAACAAAAGUACCCAAACUUACUUUGAUUUUCGGAUCUUCUUAUGGCGCUGGAAAUUAUGGAAUGUGUGGUAGAGCUUUUAAUCCGAAUUUCUUAUUUAGUUGGCCAGCUUCAAAAAUAUCGGUUAUGGGAGGUGAAUAAGCAGCUGGUGUUAUGAUAGAUAUUGAAAAAGCUAAACUUAAAUAAGUUAAGGUAGACAAUCAUAAUUUGGAAAAAAUGAAGUAGGAAUUAGUACAUAAAUAUAAUAAAUAAGCUAGUAUUUAUCAUUCUAGUGCUAGAUUGUGGGAUGAUGGAGUUAUUUUGCCUUAGAAAAGUAGAGAAAUUUUAGGGUUAAGUUUAUUAACAUCUUUAGCUUAUAGAAAAGAAGAAAAUACUAAGUUCGGCGGUUUUAGAAUGUGA